ACAAGUGCAUCUCCUAACCAGGUCACAUUUCAGCCGCGACCCAACCUCCGUCAGUCAGCGGAGUCAGCCCGCAGGAGGAGGGCCGAGGACGACCGCCGCCUUGCUUCCCCGGCGGCGUGGAGGGACGGGCACCAGGGCGCUCCAACCGAGCCGGAACCGAGACCCCCGAACCCCAACCCGGACCACGAUGAGCGCCCCGGGCCGCGGGCGGCUGGCGCUGCCGCUGCUGCUGCUCUUCGCCGCGGCCGCCCUGGCCGAAGGCGACGCCAAGGGGCCCAAGGAAGGCGAGACCCCCGGCAAUUUCAUGGAGGAUGAGCAAUGGCUGUCGUCCAUCUCACAGUACAGCGGCAAGAUCAAGCACUGGAACCGCUUCCGAGACGAGGUGGAGGAUGACUACAUCAAGAGCUGGGAGGACAAUCCACAAGGAGAUGAAGCCCUGGACACCACCAAGGACCCCUGCCAGAAGGUGAAGUGCAGCCGCCAUAAGGUGUGCAUCGCCCAGGGCUACCAGCGAGCCAUGUGCAUCAGCCGUAAGAAGCUGGAGCACAGGAUCAAGCAGCCCACCCUGAAACUCCAUGGAAACAAGGACUCCAUCUGCAAGCCCUGUCACAUGGCCCAGCUUGCUUCAGUCUGUGGUUCCGAUGGCCAUACUUACAGCUCCGUGUGUAAGCUGGAGCAGCAGGCGUGUCUGAGCAGCAAGCAGCUGGCGGUAAGGUGUGAGGGCCCCUGCCCCUGCCCCACAGAGCAGACGGCCACCUCCACAGCGGACAGCAAGCCAGAGACUUGCACCGGUCAGGACCUGGCUGACCUGGGGGACCGGCUGCGGGACUGGUUCCAGCUCCUUCAUGAGAACUCCAAGCAGAAUGGAUCAGCCAGUGGUGCCGCCAGCCCGGCUGGCCUGGACAAGAGCCUGGGGGCCAGCUGCAAGGACUCCAUUGGCUGGAUGUUCUCCAAGCUGGACACCAGCGCUGACCUCUUCCUGGAUCAGAUGGAGUUGGCUGCCAUCAACUUGGACAAGUAUGAAGUCUGCAUCCGUCCCUUCUUCAACUCCUGUGACACCUACAAGGAUGGCCGAGUCUCCACUGCUGAGUGGUGCUUCUGCUUCUGGAGGGAGAAGCCCCCCUGCCUGGCCGAGCUGGAGCGCAUCCAGAUCCAGGAGGCCGCCAAGAAGAAGCCAGGCGUCUUCAUCCCGAGUUGCGAUGAGGAUGGCUACUACCGCAAGAUGCAAUGUGACCAGAGCAGUGGUGAUUGCUGGUGUGUGGACCAGCUGGGGCUGGAACUGACUGGUACCCGCACUCAUGGAAACCCUGACUGUGAUGACAUCGUGGGUUUCUCAGGGGACUUUGGGAGUGGUGUCGGCUGGGAGGACGAGGAGGAGAAGGAGACCGAGGAAGCAGGCGAGGAGGCCGAGGAGGAAGAAGGCGAAGUGGGCGAGGCGGAUGAUGGAGGCUACAUUUGGUAGAUGGCCCUCCUGAAGCCGUGGCAGGCCAGGGUGCCAACGGCCAGGGAACCAGGCCAGCAGAAACCUAGACGGCAGCAGGCAGCUUAGCAAAUGGAUCCGGAAAUUAGUGGGAAGGACCUUGGCUCCAGUGGGGCCAAUUGGAUGUGCGAGUGCAUGGCUCAUGGAUAGCUUGUAUGGCUAAGAUGGAUGAGUGUGUGUGUGUGUGUGUGUGUGUGAGAGAGAGAGAGAGAGAGAGAGAUGCACCGACAGACAUGUCCUUGAUCCACAGUGCCCCUGGCAGAGUGCAUACCCAAAGCCCCCUCAACCUCCUUCUAGUUCUUUCCUUUGCAUUUGUUGUUGGUUUUAAAAUACUCACAUACACACAUAUGCAUACACACACACACAUGCACACACUUCCAUUGCCCCACUCUAAUACCAUGGGGGGCCCCCUGCCUCAACCAGUCCUGCCUCCUUCCUCCCCUGCCUGUCCUUUUCCCUCCUGCUUCUGUGAUGGUCAAAGUUGGGGGUGGGUGGGAGGCAGGAAGUUGCCUGUGGCUGGAGCUCCUGUCCAUGUUGGGCCUGUUUGGUGUCCCCCACCCCAAUAUCUGGUCAGGUUCAGGCCACUGGCCACAGCAAGCCUGCCCCUGUGCUGAAUUCCUCAGAACCAGAAAACAAACAAACAACUAACUCCUAACCCAAGCCAGAAAGACCGAAGGGGCCCGAGUGGAAGCUGGGCAGACAGGGACCUCUCUGAGGACCUUACCAAGAUGUCCAAGGUUUUCCCCCUUUUCAGACCCAGUUUCUGCCCCCGCCCCAUUCACUCUGGGGAACCCGAGGACCCGGAUCAGUAGGUACAUGCCUAUCUCCCCCUGGCUCCCUAACUAAAUGUCCCCUUCCUGCCCAGGCCAGUCCCAAAAACCCUAUAAAAGGAAACAAACUGUUGGGGGUGACAUGGGUCAUUCCCCACUGUGGGGCUCCCUCUGCCCCUGAGCCCCCCAAGGGCUGCCCUAGGAGAACAACAGCCCGAAGUCCUGUAGUGUUGAAGAGAAGUCAAAAGAGUCAGUCAGAUGGAACAAAAUGGGGAGAGGUGGGUACUUUAUUGUGCCCCCAAACGUCCUGAUGGCCCUCCUUAAUGAAGAAUUUCUCACCUGGACUUGGGCCUCUGGUGUCCUUUGGUGCAAUAGAAUGUUGUGUGUGUGUGCAUGUGUGCAUGCAUGUGUGAGUGCGUGUGUGUGUGUUUGCACAUGCCUGGGAGUGCAAGGAGAGCCCCCUGUGUGCUGGGAGGGAAGUGGCUAUGUGGGGUCCAUGUGGUGAGGCUCCCUGGGCAAGGCCCCCCAGCCUGGCUCUCCCCAGCAUCUCCUGCUUCUGCUGAGCUGAGUGAGCAUCCGUUGGAUGUUAGGAAAGAGCCCCGCCCUGACCGCCCUGGAAUCGACGUCUCCUCUUGGCGGAAAUAACAAAACUCCACUUUGCCCCAUAAAGCGCUUCUCAUCUGCAGCACA